CUGUGGGACUGCAGGCUGGAUGCAGUAGCGCACGUCUUGGUGCCAAAGAAUAGGCCUGGGCAAACCGCGUCGCGGAGCCUUUUCACUUGCCAUAGUGCGACAUUCGUCAUCCAGUCCUCCACACCUUUCAAAUACAACUCCCCGCCCGCUACCCUGCUUCGUCUCACCAUAUCUCCAAACAUCGUCUCCCUCACUAUCAAUCAGACAAGUAGGCUGUAUCACCGACACCGAGCGACACCAUUUUAGUGGGGAUACGCUGUACACCAGGGUCAUAAACUCCAGAAGCCACGGGAUAUCGAGUCUCACCGACUGCGGCGCAUCUAUUUAAACGGGCUGCUGUCCCAUCCAGCUGCGAUGGCCUCUGUCAAAGUUCCUCACUACCGCAAGCCCCGCUACCACAUUCCACAAAACGUAUUUGCCUCCCAAAACAGGACCACAUCCUACGAUCACACCUUGACAUCGCCUACCACAUCACAUAUGGGUCCACGAACAAGAGAAGAGCUUCUGGCUGCAGGUGUCAUGGACCCGGCUUUGGAAGCUGAACUCACCAAGAAUCCGCUCCCCCCAAAGCCUAAUACAACAGACAUGAAGAUUCAACGUGAACAUCGUGCGCAAAUACUACGCGAUCGCCAGCACCUGAGGCCCAUCCCCGGUCCCAUCCCAGAGGUCAGGGAAGUCGACCGUCAGAUUGAAAUGAGCGACGGAGAAUACAUCACUAUCCGAAUCUACACACACACCCAACGCCCUCGUGCGUAUGGCCCUCUCUACGUCGCAUUUCACGAAGGUGGCUGGUCCAUGGGCGAUCUCAGCGACGAAGAAACAAACUGCCGCGCCUUCACCAAAGAGUUCAACGCUGUCUGCAUAAACGUCGACUACCGCCUCGCCCCUGAACACCCCUUUCCGCGACCGGUACUCGACUGCUGGGACGCACUAAAAUGGGUCGCGGAAAACUACGAGUCCCUAGGCGCAGAUCCGCAUGCAGGCUUCAUCAUCGGCGGCGCUUCAGCCGGCGGAAACAUCGCGGCUGUCUUGGCACACUUGGCGCGCGACGAACACCUCACACCACGGCUCACAGGGCAAUUCCUGUGUGUCCCCGUGCUAGCCGAUCCGCGUACGCUGCCUGCGCAGUACAAGCCAGAGUUUCUGAGUCGCGAGCUGUGUACCCAGGACCCGGUGUUACAGUUUGACGAGGCGACUCAGCGCACGCUUGGCGGAGCAUAUAAGCCGGAUGUCGAGAGUCCGCUGUACACACCCUUUAAUGACCCGCGUGGUGGGCACCGGGGUUUGCCGAAGACGUACCUGCAGGUCUGCGGCCUGGAUCCGUUGCGAGACGAGGGCCUGCUCUACGAGCGUGUGCUGAGGGAGGAGGCGGAUGUCAAGACGAAGCUGGACUUGUACAAGGGCUACGGACAUAUGUUCUGGACCAACUUCCCACAGCUGGAGAUGAGCAAGCAGGUCUUGAAGGAUUCUGUUGAAGGCCUGCGAUGGCUGCUGAAUGACGAUGACGACGAUGUGGACGGCCUGCACUGAUUACUUGGUACCUUGGAGAUAUACCCAACGCGCAUAGCAGAUGCAGCGAUAUGUUUUUUUACGAGAGCAGAAGAUGUCACGACUCUCUUGUCAUUGUAGUAGCGUAUGCUAGCAGCAUUGAAUACCAUCACUCCUCUGUC